GCCGGCAGAGCAGGGGUGGGGCGGAGGAGGCAGGGCUGAGUGGGCUGGGAAGAUGGCGGUGUCUGUCCCGUGGCUGCUGGGGCUGGCUCUCCAUGGGGCCGUGUUCCUCUGCGGCAUCGUCUGCGCUUCGGCUCUCACCGUGGCACAGGGAGAGUUUGGGGGCCAGUGCCUACUCUAUGGCACCGUGAGCUGGAACGGGACUGCGCUGGUGCCCAGGUCCUUCAGCCACAUCUCCCUCUGCUACUUCGUCUCGGCUGUCUCCGUCGUGGUAGCCCUGUGCUGCUUCGCGGUGCUCCUCUACAGCUGCUGCGCAGAUGAGCCUCAUCGGAGCCGUGCAUGCCUCACCUUCACCCUGGUCAUGGCUACUGUCAUCCUCCUCUUCCUCCUCAUCUCAGCCUGCAUCCUCCGCGCAGGAAUGGAUGUUCUCUGUGCCUCCAUCGUGCACACCAAGCAGCUGGCCAGCUGUCAGGAGGCUGAGCACAAGCCAUGGGUGUCCUACAGCCCAAGCCGCUUCUACAGCAACCUCUACAGUGCACAGGUGAGCAGGUUCAGCCGUCUAUAUGGUUUUGCUGAAAGAGGUGUGGAAUUUAUCAGCCAUGUGCGCACGUGGUCCCUUUUCAGCAGCACCUCUCAUGCUUCUAGAAGCGGGAUCUCCUGCUGCAGGCUGAGCUCUCAGGAGCGGGGACGCCCUGGCCCAGCCGCCUGGCCCGGACUGAGGGCCAACGGAUUGGAGCUGAGCUGGACCUGCCCUGGUGCUGCUGUGCAGGGUGACAGCAGGGGGCUGAGGAGCCCUCAGAUGCGGUGCGGUGGGAGCUCGGGGGCUGAGGCCCCCCCCGAGGAUCUCCAAGGUUGUGUCCUGCUGCAGGACGUGGUGCGGGCGCGGGGCAGCCAGAGCGGGCGCCAUGUCCAGACGCACUCCAACACCGUCGUCGUGUCCCUGCAGUCCAAGCUGGCCUCCAUGUCCAACGACUUCAAAUCGGUGCUGGAGGUGCGGACGGAGAACCUGAAGCAGCAGCGAAGCCGCCGUGAGCACUUCUCCCGUGCCCCCGUCUCCGCCUUGCCCCUGGCCGCUGGCAAUUUGGGCGGCUCGGCAAUGCUGCAGGACGAGCCACAGCGCGCCGGGGACGUCGCCAUUGAGAUGGACGCGCGGACGAGCCAGCAGCUGCAGCUGAUUGAUGAGCAGGUGGGGAUGGGA